AUGGCCAGACUCGCUGAUGAUGCCGACUACGAUGCCGGUGAAAUGUCUGAGAAUGCACUAAGUCAAUGGUUCGACGCUUGGAUAUAUGAUAACUACUAUUGCAGAGGACUUUGGACAAAGUGCGUCCGACUGGGUCGCCUUGACAACAUAACCAAGUUGCGAAAACAAGAUCAAACCAGAUCUAGACAUCGAAUAGCGACUGCGUGGCUACAUUCCCCACAUCCAGCUAAGCGUUUGGCAGUGGACCAACAGUUCUGGUGUCCUGUGCGAGCCAUGCGUUCGGCCACUUCCGAAGUUAGGACCCACAAACCCCUGCGGGCUGUUUUGUGUACAGAUAACCUCGUAUGUAUGCGCCUGCAGAUCUCUCCAACAUCGGCGCUAGCGCCUCAACACAAAAUUAUGCAACAGCCCGAUCUGGAGAGAGGGUCAAAAUAUUCUCGAGAAGGAGGCGUUACCAGGACAAAAAGUUGUUUUCUCUUUUUAUUUUGUCAUGAUGCCCCAUCUUAUUUAUUCGCCCGUCUUCGGCAAAUUACACGAUGGCAACAUAAGGACUCUGGUGGAGUGGUCUAG